GCGGGAGGGAAGGGGAGCGCGGCAGGCCCACGGGGAGCCGCCCGGGCGCACGGAGCCCGCGUGCCCUCUGAACAGCCCCCGUCCAGCGGCUGUACCUGUGGGCUUGGGGAGCCCGGGCAGCGGCGCGCCGGCCCGAGGUAGCUGGGGAGACCCGGGGACCCGGGAAGCGGGACAAGGAGCCGGGGCCGGACCGGGAUGAGAAGGUGACGCCGCCGGGGGGCGCCACUCGCUUCGUGGGGGAAGAUGCUCGCCUACUGCGUGCAAGAUGCCACCGUGGUGGACGUGGAGAAACGGAGGAACCCCUCCAAGCACUAUGUAUACAUCAUCAACGUGACCUGGUCCGACUCCACAUCCCAGACCAUCUACCGGAGGUACAGCAAGUUCUUUGACCUGCAGAUGCAGCUUUUGGAUAAGUUUCCCAUCGAAGGUGGCCAGAAGGACCCCAAGCAGAGAAUCAUCCCCUUCCUCCCAGGCAAAAUCCUCUUCCGGAGGAGCCACAUCCGGGAUGUAGCUGUGAAGAGGCUGAAACCCAUCGAUGAGUACUGCCGGGCCCUUGUCCGGCUACCGCCCCAUAUUUCACAGUGUGAUGAAGUCUUUCGGUUCUUUGAGGCCCGACCAGAGGACGUCAACCCCCCAAAAGAAGACUACGGCAGUUCCAAGAGGAAAUCAGUGUGGCUCUCCAGCUGGGCUGAGUCUCCCAAGAAGGACGUGACAGGUGCCGACACCAACGCCGAACCCAUGAUCCUGGAACAGUACGUGGUGGUGUCCAAUUAUAAGAAGCAGGAGAACUCGGAGCUGAGCCUCCAGGCCGGGGAGGUGGUGGAUGUCAUCGAGAAGAACGAGAGCGGCUGGUGGUUCGUGAGCACCUCUGAGGAGCAGGGCUGGGUCCCUGCCACCUACCUGGAGGCCCAGAAUGGUACUCGGGACGACUCAGAUAUCAACACCUCCAAGACUGGAGAAGUGUCCAAGAGACGCAAGGCCCAUCUGCGGCGCCUGGAUCGCCGGUGGACGCUGGGCGGGAUGGUCAACAGGCAGCACAGCCGAGAGGAGAAGUACGUCACCGUGCAGCCUUACGCCAGCCAAAGCAAGGACGAGAUUGGCUUUGAGAAGGGAGUCACCGUGGAGGUGAUCCGGAAGAAUUUGGAGGGCUGGUGGUACAUCAGAUACCUGGGCAAAGAGGGCUGGGCGCCAGCAUCCUACCUGAAGAAAGCCAAGGACGAGCUGCCAGCACGGAAGAAGAAUCUGGCAGGCCCAGUGGAGAUCAUUGGGAACAUCAUGGAGAUCAGCAACUUGCUGAACAAGAAGGCGUCCGGGGACAAGGAGACCCCCCCGGCUGAAGGCGAGGGCCCGGAGCCCCCCAUCACCAAGAAGGAGAUCAGCCUGCCCAUCCUCUGCAAUGCCUCCAAUGGCAGCGCGCUGGGCAUCCCCGAGAGGACCGUCUCCAAGCUGGCCCAGGGCUCCCCAGCCGUGGCCAGGAUUGCCCCUCAGAGGGCCCAGAUCAGCUCCCCGAACCUGAGGACAAGGCCUCCUCCUCGCAGAGAGUCCAGCCUGGGAUUCCAGCUGCCGAAGCCGCCGGAGCCCCCUUCUGUUGAGGUGGAGUACUACACGAUUGCUGAAUUCCAGUCGUGCAUUUCAGAUGGGAUCAGCUUUCGAGGUGGACAGAAGGCAGAGGUCAUCGACAAGAACUCAGGUGGCUGGUGGUACGUGCAGAUUGGUGAGAAGGAGGGCUGGGCCCCUGCGUCCUACAUCGAUAAGCGCAAGAAGCCCAACCUGAGCCGCCGCACGAGCACUCUGACACGGCCCAAGGUGCCCCCGCCGGCGCCACCCAGCAAGCCCAAGGAGGCCGACGAGGGUCCAGCCGGCCCCGGUGAGAGCCAGGACUCCCCUCUGAGGCUCAAGUACGAGGAGCCCGAGUACGACAUCCCUGCCUUUGGCUUCGACUCAGAGCCGGAGCUGACCGAAGAGCCCACGGAGGACAGUGGCUCAGGGGACAGGCGGCCCACCCAGCCCCGCAGGCCCUCGCCGGCCUCCUCGCUGCAGCGCGCCCGCUUCAAGGUGGGCGGAUCCACAGAGGACGUGGCCCUGGAGGAGGAGACCAUCUACGAGAACGAGGGCUUCCGGCCGUGUGUAGAGGACGGCCUGUCGGCCAGACGCUCCUCCCGAGACAGCGACUCCCCAGGGGGCUCCCCGCUGUCCCUUGCCAGGAAGAAUUCCCCCAAAUCGGAUUCCCCCAAAUCAUCCUCGCUUCUGAAGCUCAAGGCGGAGAAGAACACCCAGGCGGAACUGGGGAAGAACCACUCCUCAGCCUCCUUUUCCUCAUCCAUCACCAUCAACACCACCUGCUCCUCCUCCUCCUCCUCUUCCUCCUCAUCCUUGUCCAAGAACAGCGGGGACCUGAAGCCCCGUUCCGCCUCGGACGCGGGCAUCCGUGGCACUCCCAAGGUCGGGGCGAAGAAGGAUGCCGACCCGAAGGUUGGGCUGACCUCCUGUGCCCGGGCCAAGCCGUCGGUUCGGCCCAAGCCGUUCCUGAACCGCGCAGAGUCCCAGAGUCAAGAGAAGAUGGACAUCAGCACUUUACGGCGCCAGCUGAGGCCCACGGGCCAGCUCCGGGGCGGCCUCAAGGGCUCCAAGAGCGAGGAUUCCGAGCUACCCCCCCAGACGGCCUUCGAGGGUCCCAGCGAGGGGUCCAGGAGAGGCUCGGCCGAUCUCAUCACCCUCCCUGCUGCCUCGCCCCCCUGUCCCACCAAGAAGGGUCGGGAAGGGCAGGCCACCUCCUACACCACAUGCAGUGCCUACCAGAAGGUCCAGGACUCGGAGAUCAGCUUCCCCGCGGGCGUGGAGGUACAGGUGCUUGAAAAGCUGGAGAGCGGCUGGUGGUACGUGAGGUUUGGGGAGCUGGAGGGCUGGGCCCCCGCCCACUAUCUGGUGCUCGGCGAGAACGAGCCAUCCGACCCACCUGGCAAAGAGACGGACACAGUGGCCCCCAAGAGCAAGCAAAACGAGGGCAAGUCAGACAGCCUGGAAAAGAUCGAGAAGCGCGUCCAAGCGCUCAACACCGUCAACCAGAGCAAGAGGGCCACGCCGCCCAUCCCCUCCAAGCCGCCCGGGGGCUUCGUCAAGACCUCAGGCGCCGGGGCGGUGAAGAUGAGGAACGGUGUGCGGCAGGUGGCCGUCAGGCCCCAGUCGGUGUUCGUGUCCCCACCACCCAAGGACAGCAACCUGUCCUGCGCCCUGAGGAGGAACGAGUCGCUCACGGCCACCGACAGCCUCCGAGGCGUCCGCCGGAACUCCUCUUUCAGCGCCGCCCGCUCGGCAGCCGCAGAGGCCAAGGGCCGCCUGGCUGAACGUGCUGCCAGCCAGGGCUCGGAGCACCCCUUGCUGCCCACUCAGCGCAAUGGCAUCCCUGUGUCCCCCGUGCGCCCCAAGCCCAUUGAGAAGUCCCAGUUCAUCCACAACAACCUCAAAGAUGUGUACGUCUCGAUCGCGGACUAUGAGGGGGACGACGAGACGGCGGGCUUCCAGGAGGGCGUGUCCAUGGAGGUCCUGGAGAGGAACCCCAACGGCUGGUGGUACUGUCAGAUCCUGGAUGGGGUGAAGCCCUUCAAAGGCUGGGUACCCUCCAACUACCUGGAGAAAAAGAACUAAGGGGGGGAGUGGGUCCUUCCAGCCUUAGUGUGGGUGAGCGGGAAUAAGACAAAAGGGAAAGGGGAAAUGGGAGGGGGUGGGGAGGACAACAUGAAACCUGCAGAAUGUGUGACCUCGAAGACCCCCAGCUAGAAGGUGGGGUCUGGCGGGGGCCCACAUUGAGCAGGGAAAGGGAAUGGGCAGGGGUGCCCUGGGCCUGGGAUCAGGGGCGAGAAAGCUGAGCCUCAAGUGUGCACCUUGGGGACUUUGCUGAUGGACUCAGCGCCAUUUGGGACAGGCCGUGUGGGAAACCCAAUUUGUGCCUUGGCUGCCAAUCUGGAAAAGAUGUGGUUGUAGGGGCCUCACGUGCCCUGCCCCUGCCUAGCCUGGUUUCAGUGGCUGUUAGCUUAGCCGCCAGAGUGGCCCUUGUAUCGUCCUAACCUGUAUUUGUGAAUUAUCCUGGUUCCCAGGGACCACCACCCGCCACGGGUGGGUGUGGUAGGAGACACCACUGGCCCUGGGGUUUGGAGACAUCUCUUAUGAGCUCAGGCUGUCCCUGGGCUGGGCCUCUGUCCAUGUCUGCGGAAGAAAAGGCAGUUGCCCAGGUGCCAGCAAGGAUCCCCUUUCUUAGCCGUCACUGCCGCUGGCCUUGGGAAGAGUGCCCACCUGCCCAGGGCAUGCCGUGGAGGACCACCAGCUCCAGAGCUUACAGAGAGGGCGGGUGGAGCCGUCGGUCUCAUCAGUCUGCACAGACUUUCUUUUGGGUAUUUCUGGGUGGGCAAUUCCUUUGCAUGUUUUGGGAGAGGUGUAUUGCUUUGGGGCUUCUAUGUCAGGCCUUGGGUUUUUGGCCUUAUUUUAGGGGUUGUUUGGGGGCCCGAGGGCAGUUAGCCUCAUGGGACAGGAUGGGGAGAAGGUGGCGUUUCUGUCGUACUCUUGUGGGGAGGUUGGUUGGUUUGUGUUUUGCAUUCUUCCUCUCCACAAGCCGAAGUCGCUUCAUUUGGUUUCCACUGUGUGGACGGCACCGGCACUGGCCAGAGGGAUUUCAGGCGGGAGAAGCCCCAGCCCCAGGCGUGGCGAAGCAAAGAUGCUGCUCUCUCGGUUCUUGCGCCACCUCGGCAGGGCAGGACCCUCCCCAGGGAGGAGGGUGGCGUUCAGGAGAGGAACAGCGUACAUUCUCCGGCCCGGGCAGGGCCCAAAGCCUCACGUGUAGGCAGUGGAGAAGCAGCGGUCGCCCCACCCUGGGCUGAGGGGACCCCGCUGGGCAGACACCACCAGCCAUCCCGUGGCCUGCGAGCAGUGCCCAAGAAGACGAAGAUCCCUGGGCCCGGAGCCAGCCCGGGCUUCCCCAGGGGCAGCGCCCCUGUGAAGCGAGAAGAGAGAACGUGAAGUCCCUCUCAACUCUGGGUGGUAUCUUUCAGUCGACAUUUCAGAGGCCACACUGGCUUCCCUGAGGACUCACUCUUUGCUGGGAGUAGAUUUCCACACGUGCCUUUGAUUGUGGACAAAUCAGGCUUCACAGCCACUGAUUUAGCUGCCAGAUCCUGGACUGAGGAGGAAAGGCCCUCCCUCCGCCCCUGUUCCCCACCCAGGCAGUGUAUGUUGCUGGAACAAACAGCACGGGACCCGUGCCUCGUGUCCUCAGCCCCCAGCCGCCCCCCUCCCCCUUCCUCACCGUACACUGAUGCCUGGCAGCUCUAGCAAACUGCUCCCGUUCUUUGUUGAAAGGGCCGUGGUGAGAUUUUGCUUCCUUUUGUUUGUUUAAAAUUAAAAUUAGUUAUUUUCUUCUGCUGGACAGUAUUAAAUAGAGCAGGAUGUUGAGUUAUCUGCUAGAUUGCAGUACUAAUGGUAGUAUUGUAGUGUCUUUAUAUUAAUAUUAUUUGGACUUAUUUGAACAAUAAUGAUAAAGAAGUGGUUCAUUAUUUUUUAAUUAAUGCACUUUAAUAAGGUGGAAUGGAAAGAAACCCAGAGAGCAAAGUGCAUUACUUAAAGAUGCAGUAUAUACUUUUCUCAUUUUUAAACAGCACAUAUUUAUUAAAAGAAAAAAAGUAAUUUAUGAUUAUUUAAAAUAAAAUUUAAAAGUAGAGUGACUGUCGGGUUAAAGGACCUUCCACGUAGCUAUCUUCCAGGGGGAGGGCUCAAGCGGCUUCACUCCUCAAUGUCUGCACUGAGCCAGUUCAAUGCCAGCCAGGCCAGGAAGGAGUGCAGGACCCAUCUGCCAAGCACAGAGCAUCUCAGUUGGACUGGAGCACAGUGCUCCCUAGAGCCUGCCUUUCCCUGCCCUUCCUCUUCCACUGUACUGCCCUGUGGGGCUCUCCUAGCCCUGCCAAGGACCCCGUCUCCUUAAUCUCCAGUGCUCUUAAGUAAUAGAGUCAUUACAAGUGACCUUCAGGAUCACUUCAUGCCAUACCCUCCUGUUAACUGCAGCCCAAAGACAGGAAUUAGCUUUCCCCAGAUCACAUAGUUGACGGCAGACCUUCCCACCCCCGUUAGCGUUUAUAGUGUGGUCAUCGUGUUUACAUUGUGACAUCCAGCCCUAAGGAUGCUGGGGUUGCUCAGGCAUCCAGGAAAAGUGGAGAAUGCUGCCACCUAGCGACAGCAUGUAGACUUGGGCAGUGAACAGGGAUUGCCAUGCCCCAUCUUCACCCCUUGCCCCUCGCCAUCACCCCGACUCACAGCACAGCACAGACCCUGCAAACCCAAAGAGAAUAUUAAUACUUGAAGCAAGAAGGGUGCAUGCCAGUCCCUCUCAGUCAUGGCCAGGGGAUGCCAGGGCUUGUGCCCCUGGACUCCUAGCCCUGCCCAGGGCAAGAGGGCUUUUCCCUAGAGCUACUGAGCUGCUUUGUGAUGUUGGAGGGUACUGCUGGCAGCAGGUAGAGGAGGGAAGGGGCCUGGGGCUCUGACCCAUCUGGAGGAAAACCGGAUCGGACUAAAAAAGAAAAAAAAAAAAUCUCAGCAGUGUCCAAACCUAGUUUUCCAUUAGUUGCGAUUGAAAAUGUGAAAUGAUGUUGUAUUGCUGUAUACUGCAACUUUAAUCAUAAUGAGCCCUUCUGAGGUCAUUAUUGAGGUUUAUAUAAUGCCUGAAGAUGCAUCCUUUGGUGCUUUUUUCUUUCAGUUUAAAGACUUUAUUACAAGGGAAAAAGAUGUCUUCAUCUCUCUCCCACUUUGUAACAGGGGCCUGGCUGGGGUCUCUGGCAGCCAUCAUGCUAUUCCCACUAGGCCAAGGGACCCCAAGGACAGCAAGAGGGAGUUGGAAGGGACAACCUGAACUGCAGGUGUGCCAGCUGUGACCGGGCCCCCUCGCCAGCCCUCGGCCCCCUCCACCCCCAAGCCUGGCCCCAUGGGCCCCUCUUUCUUCCUCCACUGUUCUCCAUCUUGACGAAGGCAUUAUAUAGAAUCGUUUUAAUCACUUUCAGAUGUUAGAGCAGCAUAUUUUACAGGCAUUUAUAUCCAUUGCUUUCCUCAGCAAGGCAUGUUACUACUUUUAUCAUCUAAGGAAAAAAAAAAAAAAGACAAGGGAAUUUCGGUCAAGCAUUAUUUCCAUAUUACUAGUAUUUGCAGAAUAGGUGUAGAACUAUUUAAGUUUAGACCUUGGUUUGGUAGUUUUUUGUUUUUAAGGAAAAAAAAGAAAAAGUAACCCCUACUUUUCCUGUUUUUUGUAUUUAACUAAUAUAUAAUUUCUAUAAGGUUACUCACUUCCCCUCCCCCUCCAAAUACUUUGCAUUCUCAAUCGAAAAUGAAAACAAUCUGAGAGACAGGAAAAGUGCAAUAUUAUCAAGAGGGAUGCCAGGGCUUGUAGGAUGGUGGCGGGGAGGGCCAGCAGCCCCAUGUGUUGCUGGGGGAGGUGGGGCUCUUGGAAGGAGUCAGCAGUGGGGCCAACAGGUGACCUGGGUAUUGAUAUUUUUUUAUCCCUCCUCCCCCUUCCCUGGCAAGAUGGCAGGGGUCUCUGCCAGAGGGCAGCCCCUUCUGCUGGGUGUUGUCCACCCAGAAGAACGGGAUUCAGGGAACUGGCAUGGGGCACUCGGCCUCCCAGGGCCCCAGCCCUCGGCGCACAGCAAGGACCUCCAGGAAGCGCUCCUUGUUUUCAUUUCCGUUCUUUUUCAGCCAGCUGCUCAGAAAGACCUGUCCUAAAAAUCACCCUCAGCAGCCCUCUCUCACCCCAAUCUCUUGAUGUUUGGGCCAUGAUCCUUUUGAUGUAUGUUUGAGUCUUUCUAAAACUAUGUAACCUCAAGUUCAGUUUUAUGAGCAGGAACCCUCAGUGUAACCAAAUCCUUCAGGGGGGUAUGUGGGUGCCUUGAGCCUAGCAUCCUCCAGUGACACCAGUUCCCACAAGCCUGCAGCUGGGCCUGGCGCUGAGCCGGGGCCACCCAUUCAUCUCAAUGACUUCAGCCCAAGCGAGGCGUGAUCCUGCCUCUGCUCAACACCCCAACAGUUCCCAGAAGAUCUCGAAAAAACAUGUUGGAGAAGCCUGCGGAGGUCCCUGCGGACAUAACUUCCCCCGACAGGUACCAAGCUCCCACCUCCUACCCAGGUGCGGGUAGAGAGGGCAGGACGGGAAGUCUCUGGGUCCAAGCCCUGGGAGCUCUGCCCCUCAGGGUGACAGGUGCAACCUCGCUGGCUCAUGCCUUCCCCCUCCAGUACUGUACACUUGCUGCUCCAACCCAUUUGAUGAAUUUCUGUACAAAUAUGGAUCUGGACCCAGAGUGGGACUGUGCCCCUGCGGGUGGGUGUGUCUCCUUGGAGUGGAUACGUCUAUAGGUCCAAUUUUCGAGACGAUGCAGUGCUCUCUGGAAAGAGAACCAUCCACAUUGCUAAAGAAUUAAGAUUCCCUCACUUUUUUGAGGGCUGUGUGUUGUUGAGUAAGUGCAUUGUGCAUGUGGUGUGUGUGUGUGUGUGUGCGCGCCUGAGACUGCAUGUGUGUGAGUGUUGGUCAUUUCCCACUUGAACUAAAUAACAUGGGGUUAGAGGAAAGACAUACUGGGCAAGCUGUCUCCACUGAACAAGUCCUUGGCAUUGGGCAGGCCCCACGGGACUCACAGCUUCUGGCAGCAAGUGUAUGUGUUACUCACACACAUAAUUCUGGCUGGAGAGUGCAAUGUGUCUUUUUUUUUUUUGUAAUUAUUUUAUUAAGUAUUUAGUUGGAAACUUCACACUGGCAUUAACAGAUCUAGCAGAAGCAGCCUAGGCCAUUGUCCCGGGCUCCAAAAUGAAGAUGUGGAAAGAAGGCACUGCUGGGUGUGGGUGCUGAGGGGUUCAGACAGGGCCACCACCUGCAAACGCGUGUCUAGCAGGCUGCCUCCCAGCCUCUGCCGUACAUGUCACCACUGUGGGAACCCCCGUGUCCUGAGAGCUGCUUACCCUCGGUUCUUGUGUGGCUGAGGGUGGGUCAGGCUGGUCGGGGUGAGAAUUCUCUCACCUGCCUGUGUAGGCACAUCACCCCUGAUCUAGACCGCCGGCCCCAACUGAACACUUCAUGGGGUCAUGUGGAGGGCUCCCCCUUGACAUUACUGAGCUUCUUGCCUCGAUCAUGAUCUCUGGCUGGGGGUGGCCUCUGGUUCUCAAGUUCUGUGAUCACAGCCAGGGACAGAACAGGGUCAUGACCUAUAGCUUCAUUUCAGGAGGAACAGCCCCUCUGAUGGUAGAGUCCCUCCCCGUUUUGUCCUGUGGGUCCUCAGGCCGCACGUUGGGCACGUUGGUGCUUAUAGACUGGGUGGAGGGCUUUGCCUUCCUGGACCUUGAUCCCAAUCUGCAUGUAAAGUUGGUUUUUACCAUGCUAUCCCCCCCUUCCCCAAUCCUAUCUUUCUAAUCUUGAGUUUGCAGUUGACAAUCAGCUUCCUCUCCCGUCCCAGAACUUAGUGGCCUUAGAGAAUAGGUCCCUGCGAUGAAGGUCCCUCCUUUGCUCCCAUUUCCAUCCUGGCUAAUGGGCUGGACCUCAGGAGGCAAGAAAGAGAAAGAAAGAAUUAUCAUUUUAAAACAAAAGUAUGGAUCGAGCACGUUGGAAGUAAGUGAGAGGCACGUCGGCGAGAUGAAUGUGUGAGAGACUGGGGUGGCUGGGGUUUUCCAUCCCUUCCCUGGGAAGGCGACUCCCAGAAGAGGAUGUCUGCUAGGCAGAAAGGGAAAAGAGUGAGGAGGUUGAGUCAGGAUUUAGAGUCUGGAGUUUUGUCUUUAUUAGAAAGAAGGAAGAAGUGAAUUCUGAGUGUUUCAGAAGGAAGUGAGCCAGUAGGGAGGAAACAAUGAUUCAACACCCAAGGGCCCAGACAGAAUAGGCUGGGAAAGUCUCAAGAUUUGGCUGUAGAAGAAGCUGACCAGAGGAAACUGCUAGUUGCUGGACCACAAGCUGGGUCGCCAGCAUGUUCUUAACGGUCACUGAUUUACUUAGUAGAAAGCCAAAGUUGCCAGCAACAAACCAAUCUUUGGAGAACAUUCCUCCAUCUCUUAGUUUCCAGGCUGGUUUUGCCCACCUUUCUUUGUCCAAUCUAGAACUGGCCUCUCAAAUUACUUGAACCAGAGACCAGUAACCAGAAUGGUUCAUGCAGUAGGGACCCACCAUCCCCAAACUGAAACUUCGGGGUCCAGACACCAUCCAGCAUAUCUGGGAGGAAGGCAACCUCGUUUGCUCUUCUGUUGACGCCAGUUAUUCUUGAGCAUCUCUAACGAUGUCUAUGGUGUUUCAGUUUGCUGAGCCUGCCUCACUGGUGUGACUCAGAAGACAGGGUGCAAUGCAGUCAUCAUGUUAGUGGCCUGUAAGCAAGGCACACUGCUCUUGAGCAUUUCAAAGAAAGGUCAACAGAGCCUCCAUUCUUGGAUCUGCAACUUGGUCUCUGUAACAGGUCUUCUUUAAAUCCAGGACCCAGGAUGGGAAAAGGGUUUCCCCUGUCAGUUUACAGGAAAUCUGCAGGAAGGCAACUUCUGAAGAAGGCAGGUGUGAGUGGCAGGUUUGUGAAGCAUGGGUUUGUGGACUGCAUGGUUGCAUGUAAGCUAGCUGGAUGUCUUUGGGGCAUUCCUCACAGUGUCCACGCAACCCCUCCCAGCUCCUAGUGGGACCUGUGGGGCUGACAGAGGUCAUUCCCCUUUCUCCCCUCAGCAGAGAAACUGAAGAAAAGGACAUUGAAUUCAGGCAGUUCGAGUGCUAAAAAAUUUCCAGGCUAAAUGGUGGUGCUAAACUGUCUCCAUGUUUCUAAUAUCUUUAAUAGUGGGUUGGUUUUUUUUCAGUUGUUCUCAUCACAAAAAUGCAGUGUCCUUGGGGAAGGGACCCAGCCCCUUGACCUGCCACUUUCCAGGUGUCCUUUAUCAUUUUGACGGGACUCUUUGGUCUGCAGAAAAUAUUCUGUCUUGGCAUGCUUCUAGACUGUAAGAUUUGGGUUGUUUUGUUUUGUAUUUUAUGUUUACAUGCAUCUUGUAUUUCCCCAAAAACUAAAUAAAGUUUUUGCCUUUUUAACUGAA